AUGAUUUUAUACUCAUUAAUAUUAGCCAUACUAAUAGUCAUAUUAAUUUCUCCUUUAGUUAUAAGAAGUAUUAUCAAAAGGUCAAUAGAUUACUUUGAUUUUAAGAUUUCAGAUUACAAUUAUUUUAGAGACAUUUUAGCAAUAUUCCCUUAUGAAUCUGACCCAAUAAUAUAAAGAAUUGCAAUUCAAAUCCCAUCUAUCAAGAUCUAAUAUCAAAAUAAGAAAUUUACUCUCAGCAUAAAUUUGUUGAAAAUUUACUUGGAUUUGAAGGAAAAUCAUCUCUCGUAGAUUGAUGGAUUUAGAAAUACUAAAAUAGAUAAAAGCAAGAUUUUGAAAAACAUAGAAACAAUAAUUAGGCAAAUCAUAGAAGAAUACAAGGUAGUUGAUGACUCUUCUAGUAAAAAAGUUGAAUUAAAGCAGAGCUAGUAUUAAAGGUCAAAGUCAGGAAUCAUCAAUUUUAUAGUUAUGGUGAUCUUAUAGGUUGUAGAACUAUAAGUGGACAAAUUGUAAUUAUCGAUAAUUGAAAAUAAGAAUCAGCAACCAAUCCAUGAAUUUAAGCAAGAAAAAACUCAAAGAGAAAUUUCACACAUGUUCAAACUAUUUACCACAAAUCGUUUAUACAAGCUAAGUUUUCCAGGAUUUUCAUUUUCAACUUUAAUUAAUAAAGAUGAAAAAUUAGAACUAAUAAUUAAAGCGAAGGUAUUCCAUGCUUUUUUAAUGAACGAUUUUACUUAAAGAUUAGAUAAAUGCAUUACUAUUGAAUAACCUUAAGUUAACUUUCACAUGCCAUUUGGAUUUACAUCAGACGAUUGCAUAAAUGGAUCUAAAAUAUUCAUCUAAUCUAAAUAAGUCACAUGUGAAUUUUCGCCUGCAACUUGCAAUGCUUACAAAUACAUCAAAUACUUUAGGACAUAUCAAGCAAGAUUGUUAAAGUUUAUAAAAAAUGAUUUAGUAGUUAAGGAAAAACCUUCAAGAAGUCCUAUGCCAGAGUUGGUUGACAUCAGUAUCCCUUUAGUAAAAGCUAAAUUUUUUAAUUUAGAGAAUCAAAUUUCGGAAUAAGAAGGAUUCCUUAAAGAUAAUAAAUGCAGCGAAGUUAAUCUUUUAUUAGAAAUGGUUCAAGUCUAGGUCAUAACAUAACUCCAUGAAUACACUGUAGUCAAGGAAACUAUAUAAGUAGACUUUUAAGAUAUGAACAUCAAUGCACUUACAACUACAAAGGAAUCGAUUUAACUUUGCCAUUUCUAAAAGGGAUCAUACUUAACAUGCAGAGACUAUGAACUAAAAUCACUUAAAGUUUUAAAGACAUUAGACAAUUUUGGAUAAUUGAAAUCAUAAAUUCACAUACAUCCUAUUGCAUUCUAAUUAUAUGAGGCUUACAUAAAUAUUAACUAAAGGCCUUACUUAGAAUUUGAUUUUGAAUUAUACAAGACUUGCCUAUUGAAGUAUAUUGAAGAGUGCAAAAAAAAGUAUUUACAAGAAAUUAAAUUAUCAUUCUCUAACAGUGUUAACUCUAUUUAUGGUCAUUAAAAUUAUUAAAUUAACAGUAACUAAUCUUCAAACGCUUCUACACCAGCAACUGGUGUAAACACUAAUAUUUUAAACAUAUCUAGCCAAUAAAAUAGUAGCAAUAACCUAAAAAAUCAAACAACUUUAAAUAAUCAGAUUUAGGAUUUAAAAUUAUCAGAAUACUUAGUUGUUGAUGACAAAAUUUUGUUAGAAACAAUUUUAAAUACUGAAAAUGUUCUUGAUAAAGUUACAGUUCCUUACUUAGAACAAGAAUUUUAGACUGACUUUGUUGAGAUGUACUCCUACUGUGGUCCCUCUAAAAUAUCUUUAACAAGCAAAAAGCCAAGAUAUUUCUGUGUACAAAAAGAAGAAAAUGCAGUAUAUUAGGGUAUCUAUCAAUACACGUUUAAUAAUCUUCUUUUAGAGAAAUUUGUACCUCAAAUUGAACAAACUGAGAAAAUAUUUACUAUGGAAUCAUUCUAGCAAGACACAUCUGAAAAUAAUGAAAUAAUUUUAUAAAAUAUGAAAUUCAUGCUUCUAUAGAUUUAGAUUAAGGAAGAAACAUUUAAAGAUGUCCUUGAUAUAAAAAAUAAUUUUGAUAUUGAUUAUUUGGAUGAAGUAAGGAAGAAAAAAUUUGUAAAUCCUUACUAGCCACCAGACCCUUUUAGCAAGCCAUAAAAAAUUUCUCUAGAUUUUAACUAAUUUAAAUUUUAAUAUGAGUUCAAUGAUGGGUAAAAUGUUUAACUAUUAUGCGAUUUUUUAGGAAAGAACACAGAAGGAAAUUUUAAGACAAAAGAUUAAAAGACUAUCCUUAAAAGUAUCAAGCUAAAAAUAGGAAUGAGAAAUCAAUCUAAUAUCAAAAGAAAGUAGUUUUGUGAAAAAUAUCACCAAAAUGUAUUAAUAGAGGAUUGUAACCUCUCCAAACAUAAGGAUUACUUAAAAGAACAAAAUAAAUAAGAAUAGCAAGUUAAUAAUACUUCACUAAAUGAAGAAUAAGAUGAGAUAAGACCUAGAAAUUCAAGGUUGUUUGAUUCGACGUACUAAGAGAGUGAACCAGAAUAUACUAAAAAGGAGUUCAAACCAAAAAAGGCAAAAAUAGAAAUACCUAAAAUUACAGAGAAAUAUAAAUGCGACUGCUUUAUCUAAGAUAAUAGAGAAUAUGAUAUAUUUGAGAUAAAGCACAUUGAGUACUCUAUAAAAUAAGUUAUACCUUAAUCAGCUACUCAUAAUCACUAAAAUAAUGAAGAUUAUAAGCAUAAAUUAGAAAAUGAAUUGAUAUUUGAUACUUUAACUUUAAAGAUCAAUGAAGACAUGAAAUACUUAACAGAUUACUUCUAGGAAUUAAAAGAAAGCACCAAUAGAGUUAAGGACUUUUCUCUUUAAUUAAAUCUUAAAUUCCCAAAGAAAGAAAAAAAAGAAAUCUAAGAAGACUUCAAUUAAGUUUUCAAAGAGCCUUUUAUUAUUUAAUGGAAAAACCUUUCAAUAAUUUUAGAAGAGCAAAGUUAGAACACUUUCAUGAUGAACUUUUAGGCUUUUAUUAGAAACUAUUUGCAAUAAGAUAUACCAUACAACGAAAGGCAUAUUUUGUUAGAAUUGAAAGAUAAAAAGAAAGUGGAUCCUCUCUUUUGUUUUUCUUGUUAAUCUCUCACUCUCUAGCUAAAACCAUUAAAAUUCGCAACUAAUUUUAAAUCAAUUAUAAAUUUCAUAGUAGAUGUUGAUAAUUUUGCUAAAAUUAACUUUAAAAAAGAGACCUUCGAAUAAUUUAGCAGCUUGGAUGUUGAGGCUGGUUUUAUAGAUGCUAAAAUAACGAUAAGAGAUUACCCUAUACCACUUUUACUCAUGGAAAAGGGCAGAAUAUACUUGUAGGCUAUUUUUGCACAGCUUAAAAUAUAAUAUAAAGAACACUCUUUAAGAGUAUUUUACAAUCUUCUCACUGAAUUCGGAGAUUUUGACUUAAAUGUCGGUCUUUGUUAAGCUUCAGGAAUUCAUGAAAUUCUAAAAAGAAUCAAAGAACUAACAACAUCAAAUAGAUCUCAAUCUUCCUUUAAGAAUUCUACUUACCAGCAAUAAUUGAUAAGAGAUAAAAGUGGAACUAUUUAAACAUUAAAUGAAAACUAGGGUACUAGAAUGAAAUAGAAUAGCGCUAUUCAUCAAGAAAAAUUAUCAUAAAAAGAUAUUCCUGAAAAGAAAUCUACAACAGACUAAAAAACCAGCUAUUUCGUUUAAGAUGAUAAAUCAAAAUCUUUAAAACAAUCAUUUUAACUUUCGUAUUGGGAUAGUAUUCGCUUAUGCUACCAUGGCAAAAUUUUAAUGAGCAAAGACUCGAUUUUGAAUUUCAAUUUAUUGACAAGCAUAUACCCAUAUUAAAAAGAGUAUUUAAAAUUUACAAUAAAGCAAUCAUUUUUUAUGAUAAGAGGUGAUAAUAUUAAAUUUUAUUGUUAAGAUGUAUCAAUAAAAAGAAAGCCCAGACCUUAGAAUGAAACUCAUGCACUAAAGAUUCCUAUGAUUUAAGCAGAGUGCGAACUUAAUUGGAAUAGGACAAUAGAAAAUCACUAUGUUGCUUCUUAUAAUGAAUUUAGCUUAAAAUAGUUUGUUUCCAAAAAUUUGAGUAUUUUCUCUAAAUUGAACCUGCCCAGAGUUGAACCUAUACAAAACAUUAACUAAAAGGAAAAAAAUACAAACAAAAUAAACAGAGAUAUAAAUAAAUUUAAAAGAAUAGUUAAGAAUAGUGAAGUACCUUUCAUACAUUAUCAAGUAGAUUUCAUUCAGUGGUUUAAAAAUCUACCUCAACUAAGAAGAGACCAGCUUUAUUUAUAUAACAUAGGCAUUAAACGUUAUGAAACAAACGAAAAUGAAUUUUUAAAGAAUCUAAAUGAAAAGGAUUCAUUACAUAAUGUUGAUGAUGAAAAACAUAGAGAUAGAUCUCCCAAUAAAGAUAAAAGUAAUUAAGACAAUUAACAAACUGACGAAGAAUUUGAAGAAUAAGAAAAAGCCUUAGGAAAAAAUACAGAUUUUUUCUCACUAUUUAUUUACACUAUAAACUUGCAAUUAAAUUCAAAAAAUGUCAAAUAAAAUAUUUUAAAACACAUCUCUGAAAUUAAAGUUCGUGGGCUAAUGUCAUCUACGAGAGUUAUUUUUUCAAAUCCUAAGCAUAAAAUAGUUUCAGAUCCUGAGGAGAGUGAUGAAUUUUAAUCUAAGUAAGACGAAUUAGAUCCAAUUAUAGGAAUGUAAUUCGUUUUUGAUUGUAUACAAUUAUCUUUUAAUAUAUUCCAUAAGCCUAAUUCUAUUAAUUCUGCAAAAUAAUCUUUCAAAAUUCAAUCUGGAUAUGGCAAAUUAGACUACAUGUAUGGUUCAGUUUUUAGAGAAAAAGCUAAUCUUUUGAAUCUGGAUCCUAAAUAAUUCAGAAAGAGCAGAGAUCAAAAAAGUUCUAUGCAUAAUCCUAAUGUAUUUUAGGAGUAUUUUGGAUUAAAAGAUAUGCAAUUAGCAAAAGAUAUGAUGAUUUUCAAAAUACACUAAGAGCUGUAUACUAACUUCAAAUAAAUGUCAAGUAUUAUUUAAGUUGAUGAAGACAAACUUAAAAUACCGAAAACAGAUUAUUCUCGAUGCAACGAAACAGAAGAAAAUGAACAAUAACAGUAAUAAGAACAAUUCCCUGAAUUUGAAAAUAGAGACAGAAUAAAAACUAAUGCAUAAAUAAAUAUUGACUAACCAAAAAUAAAAAUUAAUGAUUAAAUAGUUAUAGGUGAGAAUAACUCAAAUAUGCCUCUAGAUUAAGAACAGCGCUUACUUUAAAAGACAAUCUAAAUAAAAAAUUUUAGUCUAUAAGACAUUAAAGAGAGUUAAGAAAUAGAAGAUAAAAGUUAAUCUAAGUCUUAAACUUUGACAGAAGUUAAUUAGGAAAGUCAAGAAAUUCAAUCAGAUUCUUUAAAAAGUAGCUAAAAAUUGCAAGAAAAUUUAAAUGAUAAAUAGAAUAAUUCUAAUAUCUUGUUAAACAACAAAAAAUAAGAUGAUAUUUUAUAUUUUACAGAUGAUAAUUAGCAUAACUUUGAAUCUAAGUAUUCACCUUUAAAGUCAUGUAAAUCAAGUAAUGAUGCUUAAGAAUCUAAAACUGAAUAAGCAUCUAAUUCUGAAAAAUAAAAUAAUAAUAACAUUAAUUAAAUGAAUGAAAAACUCAAUAAAGAUAGUCAAAUUUCUACAUAAUCUAAUUAAAGUGAUAUAAAAUCCUAAAAAUUAAAUAAUUCUUAAGAUAAUUCAGAAAAUACUAUAAUAUAAGAAGGAAAAUAGAUUUCAAAAUCUCAAAAUAACAAUUAAGCUAAAAGCAAUACUGAUCCAAGUCAUACGGAGAUAAAGCACUCUUUAAGCUAGCCUAAACUUUUCCCAAUUAAAGUAAAUAAAGAAAGAGGAUCAUAACAUAGUCAUCAUCAUUAAAACCAUGAUUAAAAAGGUUAAGAUUCCUAAAAUAUAUAGUAUUAAGAAGAUUUCGAUUUUAAUGUAUCAAGCAUUUUCUUUAGCUCAGAUAGUCUUGUUUAUGAACAAGAUAAAUAAUUAGGUUUCGAAGUAUAAAUAUAAGAUGAAAAUGGUGUUAUGCACAAAGAAAUAACACCUUAGUAAGUAAUUAAAAACUGCUUGUCAUUUAAAGGAUGCAAGCUAUUAAUAACAUCUUAGCUAAACAACAUAGUUAGUAAUGUCCUAUUUCCAACCGAAUAUGAAGAGGAAAAUGCUUAAUAUUUAAAAGAUUAAGUUAAAAAUGCUUAAACUUAAAGUUCCGAAUCUAAAAAUGAAGAGAUCAUUAAAAAAAAUGAGAUUAAUUUGAUAAAUAAAAGAAUGUAACUCACUGCUGACAGAUCUGAUGGAAAAAUUCAAACACGUUUGAAAUUUGUGCUUCAGAUCGAAGAUCCAUAGUUUAAUUUAUAUUAUAAGCAACAAAAAAAUUAAAUGAUUUUAACAUCUAGAGAAAAAUGUUUUAUGAUAAUAUAAUCUCAUCAGCUUCCAUAUGACAAGUAAAAGAUUGACAUGAAGCAUAAUUUUAAGCUAUUCUUUAGAACUUUAGACUGCUUUUCAGUUAGAAAAGAAAAUUAAAAAUCAGCUGUGAGAUGGGUUUACGAUUAUGAAAAAACACAUAAUAUUUAUCAUAUUAUAAGAGCCACUCAUGCUGUAAUUAAUUAUACAAGCUUUAAUUUGGAAUAAAGUAUUGUUGACUUCUCAAAGCCAUAUAUUUAAGAACUAAAUCGAGCUAGGCGUAAUGUCAGUUUAGAAAACAUACCUCAAGCAGAUGAUGACUACAUUUAUAAAUGGAAUGGACAACCAAGAUCCAAAGGCUUAGACUUGAGGGUAGAGAAUUUAUAUUCAGAAAUAGAAAGUAUAGACUACCACUGCUUUAUAAAAACUUUAGAAUUCUUUUCAUUAUUACUUUAAUCAGAGGCAAGAUAAUAAUUAUGGACUCAUUAAUUCGAAUAGAAGAAGAAUGAACUAAAAAGACAUGGUAAAAAUAUGGUAAUUUCCCAUAUACAGAAUCAUCUUCAUCAAAAGCAAUAAGAUAAUAAGCAAUAAAACAGCCAUAUUUCUUAUUUUUUGUAGACUUGUAUUAUAAAAAUCUUAGAUUCACAUAGAAAGCCUUUCUUAGAUUUCCGUCUUCCGAGCUUGAAGUCUUCAACAAUAAAUUAUUCCAACAAUUCUGGUCAUUUCUCGUUAAUAUUUGGAUAAGUUACACUAAAAAAUUUAAUGGAGGAUGGAGAUUAUAAAGACAUGAUACAAUAUUAAGGAAAUGAUUUACAAAUUAGAAUUGAACAUGACUUUGUUGACUUAAGGGGUAUAAAUCUUAAUACAGAGUGGAGGGCAUAUAAUAGAUUUGAAUGUUUCAUUCCUCCAUUGAUAGUUAAGCUAACUGAAAAUAUAUUUGAUCCUAUAUAUUUAUUCCUUUUCUAAGAAGAAUAAGCACCAACUACUUCAAGUCCUUCAAAAUCAGAAAAAUCAAACCACUCUUAAAGUGCAAGAUCAAGUUAUUACAGUAAUUCUUCAUUAAAAUAGAAUUAACUGUCUUCCCAAGAAGAAAUUAUUCUCCAUUAUUAUUUUGGCAAAGUAACUGUUAAAGACUUACGUAUAUCAUUGCACUACAAAUCAGCAUCUUCUUUAAAGCGUUUGAAUGGUGUCUCAGCAAUUAUUAAACCAUAUACAAGAGAGAAUAUAUUUAAUACUAAUAAGGAAUUAUUUGAUGAUUUUGUUGCUUUCUUAAAAAAACAAGUCUAUUCACAAAUCUUUUCUCUUCUUGGAUAGAAAAUAUUUGGAUAUUCAAUAAACUUGGAGAACUGA